GGCGGCGUGGGCGGAGCGCGGCGACGACGCUCGCUGAAGAGGCCCGGUUCGCCCCGCGAUCCUGAGCGGCGCUGAGCGGGGGCUGCGGCGGCUGGCUGUGGGUGCCGGCGGCAGAGGAGGAGAGCAGAGGGCGGCCUCGGCGCUCCCCUUGGUGGGGUCGGCGGGAGGAUGAGUGCGGCCCGAGAGUCCCACCCGCACGGGGUGAAGCGCUCAGCCUCCCCUGACGACGAUAUUGGAUCUAGCAACUGGGAGGCAGCUGACCUAGGCAAUGAAGAGAGAAAACAAAAGUUCUUAAGACUAAUGGGAGCUGGAAAGAAAGAACACACUGGCCGUCUUGUUAUAGGAGAUCAUAGGUCAACAUCUCACUUCAGAACAGGGGAAGAAGAUAAGAAAAUGAAUGAAGAACUGGAGUCGCAGUAUCAACAGAGUAUGGACAGUAAAUUAUCAGGGAGAUACCGGCGACAUUGUGGACUUGGCUUCAGUGAGUUAGAGGAUCCCGAUGGGGAAGGCGAUGCUGCCGGAAAUGAUGAUGACGAUGAUGAUGAUGAUGAUUCACCUGACCCUGAAAGUCCAGAGGACUCUGAAAGUGAUUCAGAGUCUGAGAAAGAGGAAUCUGCCGAAGAACUACAAGCUGCUGAACAGCCAGAGGAAGUGGAGGACCCCAAAGCUAAGAAGGAUGCAAAGAGCAAUUACAAAAUGAUGUUUGUUAAAUCCAGUGGUUCAUAACUCCGAACGUGUGAUUAGUCUUUGUAUUCAAAGUAAGCCUUAUUGUUAUAAUGCACAGUGGAGGACUGCUUCUAUAGCACAGACCUUUGUAUUAUAAUUUUAAAAAAAGGCCCCUUUAAAUAAUUACAAAGAGUGUUUGCUUUCAGAUGCCAUGGAUUACAAUUUUAUGGGCAUGAUUAAAUCCAUUUUUGUAAAAUAUAAGAGUUGCAUUGUACAAAAGACAAAUAAAUAUGAUUCCCAGCUUCCUUUCACAUUAUCAUCAAAUACCCUCUAACUAACUACUACUCCCUCCCCUCACUUUUUUUAGUCCCUUCUAAUGAAAUUAUGUGGGGAACAUUGUUGAAACUUCUUAGUACUAUUUUGUGGGUGUUUCUGUUUUUGACAGCUGUAUGUUCCAUUCUCUUUUUUAUUAUUUUUGUCCCUAAUGUUUUCUCUUAUAAAAGUUAAUUUGAUGAUGUGAUGGUGCGUUUAUGAGAAAAAUACCUCUUUAAUUAUAAUACUCUGAUGUAGUAGAACCGUUCAUCAUGGAAAUAU